AUGUCAAGUGUAUCAAUUGAACAAUUUAAAAAUGAAAAAGAUUUAAAAAUAUGGGUAACUGCCUCAGAGGUUAAACCAAUUGACCAAUUUGGUGAUGCAGAUUGUCCACCUUGUAUUAGAAGGAUGGCAAACUCACAAUAUUGUGGUGAUGAAUUGGUAAAGUCAUACUUAUGUUUUCAAGAAAGUAAUAAAAAUGGCACUUCAGUUGAAUCAUGUGCAGGUUCAUUUAACAAACUUAAAGAUUGUAUGGUAAAAUACCCAAUUAAAUUUUAUGACCCAUUAUUCAAAAAGUAA